AUGCCACAGGGGAGCUCUGUUCGAGUUACUGAGUCCUCACUGUGGCUAGUGCUGACACGGGGGUGUGGGGCAUCUCCACUGGCCCUUGUUCUGCUGGCUCUGAAGUUCCCGGGCAGCAAAGGACACUACAGAUAUCAUUGGCAGAGCCACAAUGUCAAGCACAGCGGAGUGGAUGAUAUGGUCCUUCUUUCCAAAAUCACAGAGGAUUCCAUAGUGGAGAACCUAAAGAAACGAUACAUGGAUGAUUAUAUUUUUACAUAUAUUGGCUCUGUAUUAAUCUCUGUGAAUCCUUUCAAGCAAAUGCCGUAUUUUGGGGAAAAGGAAAUUGAAAUGUACCAAGGAGCAGCACAAUAUGAAAACCCACCACAUAUUUAUGCUCUUGCAGACAGCAUGUACAGAAACAUGAUUAUUGACAGAGAAAAUCAAUGUGUCAUUAUCAGUGGGGAAAGUGGUGCUGGGAAGACUGUAGCUGCUAAAUAUAUAAUGAGCUAUAUCUCCAAAAUUUCAGGAGGUGGCCCUAAAGUACAGCAUGUUAAAGAUAUUAUUCUACAGUCCAACCCUUUACUGGAGGCCUUUGGGAAUGCAAAAACUGUACGGAACAACAACUCCAGCAGAUUUGGGAAAUACUUUGAAAUCCAGUUUAGCCCAGGUGGAGAACCAGAUGGAGGGAAAAUCUCCAACUUCCUACUGGAAAAAUCUCGAGUUGUAAUGAGGAAUCCUGGAGAGAGGAGUUUUCACAUAUUUUACCAGCUAAUUGAAGGGGCCUCCUCAGAACAAAAAAGCAGUCUUGGCAUUACCAGUAUGGACUACUAUUACUAUCUGAGUCUCUCUGGGUCCUACAAAGUUGAUGACAUCAAUGACAGAUCCGAUUUCCAAGAAACACUGCAUGCAAUGAGUGUGAUUGGGAUCUUUGCAGAGGAACAGGCAUUGGUGCUGCAGAUAGUGGCAGGAAUAUUGCAUUUGGGAAAUAUCAGCUUCAAAGAAGUUGGCAACUAUGCAGCAGUGGAGAGUGAGGAGUUUUUGGCUUUCCCUGCUUUUCUCCUGGGAAUUAACCAGGACCGCCUAAAGGAAAAACUGACCAGCAGACAGAUGGACAGCAAGUGGGGAGGCAAAUCUGAGUCCAUUAAUGUAACGCUAAAUGUGGAACAAGCCUGCUACACCAGGGAUGCACUAGCCAAGGCCCUUCAUUCCCGUGUUUUUGAUUACUUGGUGGAUUCUAUUAAUAAGGCUAUGGAGAAGGACCAUGAAGAAUAUAACAUUGGUGUCCUUGAUAUCUAUGGCUUUGAAAUAUUCCAGAAAAAUGGUUUUGAACAGUUCUGCAUCAACUUCGUUAAUGAAAAACUACAGCAGAUUUUUAUUGAACUGACACUGAAGGCAGAACAGGAAGAAUAUGUGCAAGAAGGAAUUAGAUGGACACCAAUAGAUUACUUUAACAACAAAAUAGUGUGUGACCUUAUAGAGAACAAAGUGAAUCCCCCAGGUAUUAUGAGUAUUUUAGAUGAUGUGUGUGCUACAAUGCAUGCAGUGGGAGAAGGAGCUGACCAAACACUGCUUCAAAAACUCCAGAUGCAGAUUGGGACUCAUGAACAUUUCAACAGCUGGAACCAGGGAUUUAUCAUUCAUCAUUAUGCUGGAAAGGUAUCUUAUGAUAUGGAUGGAUUCUGCGAGAGAAAUCGGGAUGUUCUUUUCAUGGACUUGAUUGAACUCAUGCAGAGCAGUGAUUUGCCUUUUAUAAAGGCUCUGUUUCCUGAAAAUCUUCAAGUGGACAAGAAGGGUCGUCCUACCACUGCGGGCAGUAAAAUCAAAAAACAAGCAAAUGACCUUGUUGGCACCCUGAUGAAGUGUACACCCCAUUACAUCCGCUGCAUCAAACCAAAUGAAACAAAGAAGUCUCGAGACUGGGAGGAGAGCAGGGUAAAACAUCAAGUGGAGUACUUAGGUCUGAAAGAAAAUAUUCGAGUAAGAAGAGCUGGCUAUGCCUACAGGCGGGUUUUCAAGAAGUUUUUGCAGAGGUAUGCCAUUCUGACCAAAGCAACCUGGCCUUCCUGGAAAGGAGAAGAGAAACAAGGAGUUCUCCACCUGCUUCAGUCAGUCAACAUGGAUCCUGACCAAUACCAGCUUGGGAAAUCCAAAGUCUUCAUAAAAGCUCCAGAGUCUCUAUUUUUGUUAGAAGAGAUGAGAGAGAGGAAGUAUGAUGGGUAUGCCAGGGCCAUCCAGAAGGCAUGGAGGAAGUACGUGGCCAGGAAAAAAUACGUACAGAUGAGAGAAGAAGCAUCAGAUCUAUUGCUGAACAAGAAAGAAAGAAGACGGAACAGCAUUAACAGGAAUUUUGUGGGAGAUUACAUAGGCAUGGAGGACCAUCCAGAGCUACGCCAGUUUGUGGGCAAACGGGAGAAGAUUGAUUUUGCAGACACCGUCAUUAAAUAUGAUAGACGGUUUAAGACAGUGAAGCGAGAUCUUGUCCUUACUCCAAAGUGCAUAUACCUGAUUGGGCGUGAAAAGAUAAAACAGGGCCCAGAGAAAGGCCAAGUGAAGGAAGUCUUAAAGCGAAGGAUGGAACUGGAGAGAAUUCUUUCCGUUUCUCUAAGCACAAUGCAGGAUGACAUUUUCAUUCUACAUGAACAGGAAUAUGAUAGUUUGCUCGAAUCAGUCUUCAAAACUGAGUUUUUAAGCCUCUUAGCAAAACGAUACGAAGAGAAAAUACAAAGAAAACUACCUCUGAAAUUUAGCAAUACACUUGAAGUGAAGCUGAAAAAGGAGAGUUGGGGGCCCUGGAGUAGUGGUGGUUCUCGACAAGUGCAAUUUAUGCAAGGCCAAGGAGAUAUAGCCAUUCUCAAGCCAAGUAAUAAAGUGCUGCAGAUCAGCAUCGGACCAGGGCUACCAAAGAAUUCCCGUCCUACUAGACGGAACCCCACCCAAAGUAGAGGGUAUUCCAACAGGUCUCAAGGUCAGACUUAUCCUAUGAGAGCCGCACCACCUCCUCCUGGUCAGCAGCAAAAUGGAGUAAUAAAUCCCCCACAGCUUGUACCACUUCCCCAUAUCCCAGGAAAUCAACGGGCCAGUCAGAAAAACCUGUAUACAAAUAUGAUGCGACCAACUUUACCACGGCAACUCUCAGGAGGAUCAGGCAAGAUUUCACAGCAACCAGAAAGCUUGGAUUUCCUGAAAGUACCUGACCAAGGAGCAGCUGGUGUUCGCAGGCAGACGACAAACCGACCGCCACCAGCUGGAGGGAGGCCUAAACCACAGCCGAAACCUAAGCCUCAGGUACCACAGUGCAGGGCACUGUAUGCAUAUGAUGCUCAGGACACAGAUGAACUUAGCUUUAAUGCCAACGACGUGAUUGAUAUAAUUAAAGAAGAUCCUUCUGGCUGGUGGACGGGAAGACUACGAGGGAAACAAGGUCUGUUUCCCAACAAUUACGUCACCAAGAUAUAAAAGACUGUCAGACAAAAAUUGGCAUGAAGUUACCAGUGGUUGAAGAUGUUUUCCCUCGCCUUCAGGACACUGUUCUUCUGAGAUCUGCCAUUCUCAGCAGUAUUUUUACCAGUCAAGUUGUAUAUGAGCAGGAAGA